AUGACCUGUGGAUCAGGAUUUGGGGGACGGGUUUUCAGCUGCUUCUCAGCCUGUGGGCCCCGGCCUGGGCGCUGCUGUGUCAGCGCUGCUCCCUACAGAGGGGUGUCCUGCUACAGGGGGCUGACCGGCUUUGGCAGCCGCAGCAUCUGUGGGGGCUACAGGGCUGGCUCCUGCGGCCGGAGCUUUGGCUACCGCUCUGGGGGGGUGUGCGGGCCCAGCCCGCCCUGCAUCACCACUGUGUCUAUCAACGAGAGCCUCCUGACCCCCCUCAACCUGGAGAUCGACCCCAAUGCCCAGUGUGUGAAGCAUGAGGAGAAGGAGCAGAUCAAGUGUCUCAACAGCAGGUUUGCUGCCUUCAUUGACAAGGUUCGAUUUCUAGAACAACAGAACAAACUCUUGGAGACCAAGUGGCAAUUCUACCAAAAUCGGAAGUGCUGUGAGAGUAACUUGGAGCCUCUGUUCAAUGGCUACAUGGAGACCCUAAAGAGAGAGCUGGAGUGUGUGGAGGCUGACAGUGGACGCCUGGCAGCUGAGUUCAAUCACGUUCAGGAGGUUCUGGAAGGCUACAAGAAGAGAUAUGAAGAAGAGGUAGCCCUGAGGGCAACAGCAGAGAAUGAAUUUGUGAUACUAAAGAAGGAUGUGGAUUUUGCCUAUCUCCAAAAAUCAAACCUGGAGGCCAACACAGAGGCCCUGACAGAGGAAAUUAAUUUCUUGAGGGCUCUGUAUGAAUUGGAAAUCCAAGUUCUACAGUCCCACAUCUCAGACACCUCCGUUGUGGUGAAGAUGGACAAUAGCCGAGAACUCAACAUGGACUGCGUCAUUGCGGAGAUCAAGGCUCAAUAUGAUGACAUCGCCAGGCGCAGCCGAGCCGAGGCUGAGUCUUGGUACAAUAGCAAGUGUGAGGAGAUGAAGGCCACUGUGAUCCGACAUGGGGAAAGUCUUCGAAAGACCAAGGAGGAGAUCAAUGAGCUGAAUCGGAUUAUCCAGAGACUGACUGCGGAGGUGGAGAAUGCCAAGUGCCAGAAUUCCAAGCUGGAAGCUGCUGUGUCUCAAUCUGAACAACAGGGAGAAGCUGCCCUCAGUAAUGCCCGCUGCAAGCUGGCUGAGCUGGAGGGCGCCCUACAGAAGGCCAAGCAGGACAUGGCUUGUCUGCUGAAGGAAUACCAAGAGGUCAUGAACUCCAAGCUGGGGCUGGACAUUGAGAUCACCACCUAUAAACGGUUGCUAGAGGGAGAGGAGCAAAGGUUGUGUGAAGGUGUCGGUGCUGUGAAUGUCUGUGUGAGCAGCUCCCGAGGUGGGGUCGUCUGCGGAGACCUUUGUGUGUCAGGCUCUCGGCCAGUGACAGGCAGUGUCUGCAGUGCUCGGAGUAGUGGGAACAUCGUGGUCAACACUGGGGGGCCCUGUGUGCCCUGCAGCCAAAGUUUCAGCCAAGGGAGCAGCCGUUCAGUGCGAUUUGCCUAGAUUUGCCUAGAAGCCUAUGCUUCAACUGUAAAUAGCUCAUAGCCUCUUCUCCACCUCCUAGAAAUCAGAAGGUAGAGUCACUGCUUCAGAAGAUGAGAAUGCUGGAGGCAGAAUUAUUGGGAGGCUUGAGAAUGCCCAUGGCAGGGACAAAGGGAGGUAGAAAAAAAAAAAAAGGAAAGGAGUUUCUAGUUUUGCAACUCUAUCUUCUGAGCAGCCUUCUCCAGCUGGAGCCCCACUUCUCUAGUCUCAUCUCUUUAUUUCUUGAAGGAGCCUACUCCCCAAGCCAGGACCAGGUUCAUCAUUAUCCCCCAUAUAUUAGGCAGUGGGACUCAAAUUCCCUGACCAUCCCUUCAAACAAUGGUACCUGGCACACCAAUUAAUGUUAAAAAGAAUAGAGGCAAUCUUGGUAGUGAGGAGGGAUAAAAAGUAAUAAGGUGAUUGGAGGAGGAAUGAAGUGGAUAGCUGAGUGUAGGGAAGGGAUGAAUGAUGUGGUAUAUAAGAAGGUAUGUAAGGGAAUGAAUGGGAGUAUAUAGGAGGGCAGCUUAAACAGGUUUAUUCAUGGAGGCUAGCGACAGAGGA